CAGCAAUCCAGCUCUCUCGCAGCUCAGUAGCGGUGUAGCCUCCGUCGCGAACCUACUUAAAAGAUUUGAACUAGUAGUGUAAGGCAAUUUGUUGACUCUCCCUCUCAUAAGUCCACUAAGAUAAAUAGUAUCUUUACUUGGACGAUGGGUAUAAAUUAACCGUCCCGGCUUUUACAACUGGAUGUAACUUAAGUCGGGAGCUCGAAAACUGAGUCAAAACUAGUUUUGCGCGACGGGCGAGUGCAUCAGCAGCAUUUCUGCAGUCUUCCAGACGAGAUUGUUUGUUUGUUUUUGUAAUUAGUGAACCCUUCGGGAACGCGUGUGAGAUAAGUGAUAGCUGUGACGAAUUGCCGGUGAGAUCAGCCACGGGAGAUGAUUCAGAUCGUGCUGGGUGUCAUCCGAAGGAAGCGACAGUAUGUUGCGGCCCUCAUUGCGAAUCUCGCCAUCGCCUGCAUGGGCGCCAGCAUGGCUUGGACGUCACCGGUGGAGCCCAAGUUGAAAAACCUGGCUGAGUCGCCUCUUCCCACGAUCCCUACUGCGACGGAGUUGUCCUGGAUCGGAUCGAUUUUAACUCUUGGAUCUCUCGCCGGUCCCACAUUUGCCGGUCUGAUUGCGUACCGUUUCGGUCGGAAGGUGGCCCUGCUGGCCAGUGCCGUUUUCUACCUGACCGCCUAUGUGCUCUUCCUCACGGCAACUUCCGUGGCGCAGAUCCUCGUCGGACGUUUCAUCCAAGGAUGUGGCAUCGGGUUCGCCAUAACCAUCACGCCGAUGUAUGUGGCGGAGAUAGCCACGGACAACCGGCGAGGAGCCCUUGGAUCGCUGGUCCAAACCUACAUCACCUUGGGCCUACUGUUUGACUAUGUCGUUGGACCGUACGUAAGCUACGGUGCAUUCCAGUGGAUCCAGAUGGCACUACCAAUCGUAUUCAUACUGGCAUUCAUUCACAUGCCAGAAACUCCACACUUUUACGUUUCCAGAGGAAACUAUCCUGCGGCGAUGCGUUCCCUGGCGUUCAUCCGGGGGGAGCACGUUUCCGAUGUUCAAGGCGAGUUCAAUGCGAUACAGUUCUCGGUGGAGGAAUCCAUGCGGAACCGCGGUUCGUUCAAGGACCUGUUCCGCAAUCAUGCCAACUUGCGGGCGUUGACCAUCUGUACCGGAGUGGUCGUAUUCCAGCAGUUGUCCGGCAUCAACCCGGUGCAGUUCUUUGCGCAGACUAUUUUCGAAAAGACCGGAAGUGGUCUACCCGCGGAGUUGAAUGCCAUCAUCAUUGGGAUUUUCCAGGUCGUUGCCAGCGUGGUUACGGCAUUGAUCGUUGACCGGGUUGGUAGAAGACCAACUCUGCUGGCUUCAGCCGCAGGGAUGUGCUGUUCACUUGUCGCACUGGGGACGUACUUCUACUUGGAUGAAUCGGGAUCGUCAGCAGCUGGAAGCUUGUCGUUCUUACCGGUCGUUUCUCUGGUGGCAUUCUGCUUUAUGUUCUGUUCCGGAUUCGGCCCGAUAGCUUGGGUUUUGCUGGGGGAGAUGUUUGCGCCGAACAUCAAAUCAUUGGCCUCAUCCGUAGUGUCGUCCAUUUGCUGGACGACGUCGUUCUUCAUCCUGUUCUAUUUUUCCGCUCUGGGCGAGGCUAUUGGUUCGCAUUGGCUGUUCUGGAUGUUCGCCAUAUGCUGCGCCGUGGCAUUCGUGUUCACCUACAUAUUCGUGGUAGAAACCAAAGGUCUAAGUUUGCCGGAAAUCCAGGCCCGGUUGAAUGAGAGUGCGCAGGUUAUAGAGAGUAAAAGUGGCGUUGGAAAAUAUUGAGCUGUCCUUGAGAUAUUGGAA